AUGCGUCCAACUGAGUCUGCCGUUUAUCGGGGUGUGAUCCUAUUUGGUGUUAUUGGUACGUUGACUGUGGCCAAGCAAGAGCUCAUCUUUGUCCAAGAUGAUGAUGAUGAUAACUUGUCGGGUGGGACUGUCAGCUACGCAUGGGAGUGGAAAAGAGUGAUGCAGUUUCAAGUGGUCUACAUUCGUCAGAGCGUUUCUUGUGCCGGCGAACCAAAACGCCUAUUGCAGUUGAUGAUCCAGCCAGCAGACAAGAAGAAGAAUCCAAAGCAGAUUUCGCUUUACGUCCCCCAAAGCUCGCUUCAGCGCUUGCUUAAUGACGUUGAAGCCCACAUGAUUGCAUUCCAAGAUAGUGGACCAAAGCAGAAGAGCCAUGCUUCUGAAGAACUUGGAAGCCACAGUGAAAGACCUGUUAGGACCCGAAGAGACAUGCUGACUCGACGACAGCACUCGUCCCCUCGUCUGAUGGGCGGAACCGAUACCAGGAACUCGAAAAGGGAAACGGAUCCUUUGAUGGGGUUGAACGGAGUGGCCGUCAAGUCCACUCAGGUCGAGGCGACACCCAAGCUGACACCGGACAAGUCAAGCGAGCCGCUUGGGAGGCACAGCGAUAGGCCCAUGAAGCCCCGGCGAAUCCGCGAGAGCCCACCCCCGAAGCAAAGACGAUCUGAUCCAAGUAUUCUGAGCGAAAGGACUGAGACUCAUGCCCCAGUCAAGAAAAAGCGGAGCAAAGCGUCAACCGGGGUCAAUGAGGCUGGGCAACUGAACACAGCUAGCUCGGUUCCCGCACAGGGGGGUGAAACACUAGCGAGCGAAGUUAUUGGAUCUCACAGUGAGAGGCCCGUCAGAUCUAGAAGACUUCACAAGGACGAUGCAUCCAGGCCUCCUCGGUCGCGAUCCAAUCCUCCCGAUAAUGGCGAAAAAGCUGGUCGCCGAGACGGGCGCAACAAGGAGACCGAGAAGCAAGACCACCACGAGUCGAUGGGGCUACGCGAAUGUUCCGGCGUCGCUGAUGGUGGUGGGGAUGACAGCAAGACGAAAGUUCCUAUUGACGACAAGUCCACGGGCGGCACACCGAAGGGGCGCCGUUCCUCCUCUCUUCCUCCGCCGUCGAAAGGCAUCCUCAAGAACAAGAGCGAACCCGAGACAAAGAGUCCUCUGAAUAUCCUCGAUAUCAUCCCAUUGUUUUCUGGGAAACGAAAGAACCGUUCUUCCGUGAUCAGUGCAUCGAAUGAUCUUCCCAAGACCACCAGCCCCUCAAGUCCGAGCGGAAGGCACCCUCCAAAGAAACCGUUUCUCUUCUUCUUGAGAGCUCCUCCUUCGCGAACCCGACAGCACUUGCAUGACGAGGGGCCGAAUCGCGGACGUGGUCAACGCCCGUCGCCGAGGAGGCGUCGCGGCACAUCGACAGAAACAAGGCAUCGCUCGUCGACCCGACGAGGCCAGUCAAUCGAACGAAUCCAGAAGGCCAUAGCACCAAUCCUCGCCUCUUUGACAGACAAGGGGCGCACUACCCCGCAAGGUUCACCAUGUAACUCGAAACACGGUGAAGAGGACGGAUCUCGUCAAGUCAGGUUUGCCGAGGAGGACAUUGAUGCCAUGUCACGUGAAGACGGAACGACUGAAGGAGAGCCUCGAAGGCACAUCGAAUCAACGCAUACCACGGCGGUGCACGAUAGCUCUGAAUGGAGCCAGUAG